AGAACAUUGACGAGACGAACCGAAAUAAACGUGUAGAGAGCGGCUCCACUGGUUCAUGUGUCUGUACAGUGUGAAUAACGACCAGGAAAAAUAUCUCACUCGCAGUGAGACGUCCCUCCAAGAAACUCGAUAUCUAAUAUAUUCAUAUGUAGUUUGUCGACGUGUUUCUGUUUUCUGUGAUGUACGGAUCUGAUUGUUCUUUACCUCGUGAAAUGUGAAUGCGUCACCUGUUCAAGUCCAUUCCGACUCGACCCGGACGAUUUAGGUGCUGCUGUUUAGUCUGACGGUAGAGGUUGUAGAAAAAGAAACGCGAACGCGAAGAUGAAGCGCUUGAUCUGUGGGGCUGCUGGCCUCGCGGCCGCUGCGUUCGGUGGGGGACUUAUCCUAGAGGUGUUUGGGGCAAAGCCGGUGAAGAAUGUGCUGCAGGACGACGGCAAGCAGACAGGGACAGUCCAGAUGAACCGCACCUCCUUGAAAAAGUACUUAGCUUUUACAAGAUUAUACUUCAACUGCUUGCUCAUGCUCUGCAUUUUUGUCGUGCAGCCCGCUGACAGAAGACAUGCGUGGGGAUGAUAAUAGGGUUUAUGACUACUACGUAGUGAAAGAAGGCUCACGUCCUUACAAAUGAAAAAAACAGGAACAAAAAGGCGGCGUCCGCCACGCCUGUGAAGCCCGUUGGAGGGCCGGUGAAGCGCUGACGUAAGGCCAACGGAAAGUCUAGCUGAGACAACCGCUAAGCGGUGGUAUUUCGAUAAGAAAGUAGGAUGCUAUGCUUGCAACUACAACGUGUUUUUCAAGAUACAAGAUAACUGUUGUAGCAGGUUCCGGCGGGAUUGCUUAUAGUAAUAAAAAUGUCGUGCAUCAGGUGCUCCAUCAUGGUCCCAUUUCCCAUGGCGCCUUUGCUUCCCACUCGCAACGAGAGGGUGGACCAAGUGCUACAUCAGCUGCUGAUUAUCCUUUUACCCUUGUAUUGUCACUUAUUUCUAUUUUUCGAAUGCGAUGCCACUGACGACAACGUCUGCCUCUACCAUGGACCGGUCGAGAUGAAAUUUCGACCAAGCAGUCGCAACAAAGUGAUUAAGAUUAUGCAUGCUUGUUUACGAAGACAACGAUAUACUAAUAUUUAUUAGGGAAGACGCCUACAGUGUUGCUACAUCACGGUUGAUACGUUCGAGACCAACUACUGGUCGAUUAGUUAAGGAAUUCGCUUUUCCUUCUUGUGGGACGUGCCGCAGGGCAAGCUCGUAGCCGACGUCUGAUUUCUACCUACUAGGUUUCUUUUCCAUUACAAGAUGAGGCGUUGCGUUGGAUAAUAGUCGCAUUGUUUUGUUGCUGGUAUGAGCGCUUGCGUUGGCCAGGUACAGAUGUUUCUCUAUCUUUUCAGAUUUGUGACCUUUUUUAUAUUUACUGUGUUACGGUUACGGUAACGGUUUCUCUUUCUGUUUCUACCUUGGAGUAGAGAACGCAAACUUGUUGCUCCGGGACUUUUUUUUCCGUUUACAAAACUUGUUGAGAACCACACUUGUUGAGAUGAUUUACAAAUUGAAAUCCAUAGUUAAAUAGCAACGAUGAAGAUCUCUUUUAUUGGUCAGGAAAGGGGGAACUCAAUACAAAGAGUUAGUAGUGGUCAACGCUGUGAUUUCUCAUUACUGGUUGCACUCCCUGUCCCUGUGUACCAGUACCAAGGUGUUGACUGAGAGGACGCAGAUCAUGUUGGUGCUAGAAGAGCGUGUAGUAACGUAGAGAGUUGUGGUGAGGAUUUGGAUUUCUUGCACUUGGCAAAUUCAGGCCUGAGUGAGAUCGUUCGGCUCACCGAAAAAUGGAAAUGAG